AAUAAAGACAGAAAAUGAGUCCAAAUGGCGUCCAGGAAUGCAGCAGAGAGGCUGCUGGAUGGUCGCAGGACGCAGCGCGUCUAUUGGCUGUUUAAACUCCAGCGCGCCGAUUGGCCUGAGACGAACUUCAGGAGUGAUGAUGGAUCGAGGAGGAGCAGGAUGGGAACUCGUACUUGUGAACCUACAGCAGUCGGGACUAUGUGAUCUGACCCCUGGCCACUGCAUGGGUACUUUCACUUGCAUCGCCUAUCCACUGAACCCGUGAGCGAGCACUUUUUACGCGUGGGUUUAUUUGCUGGCGGGGGAAGCAUGCACCUUGCGCUUCUGCUGACGCUGGGUGUCGGGUUCGCGUUUGCGUGUCAGCUGCCCAGCGAGUGGCGACCCCAGAGCGAGGGCUGUCGAGCUGAACUCGCCGAGAUUAUCGUGUACGCCAAGGUGCUGGCCAUCCACGAGGAGCCGUACGCGUCCAGCCUUUACAAUUACCUGCCGUACCUGAAGCACGAGCGCGCGGAGGACGCGCUGCUGUACGCGGCGGAGGUGGAGCUGCUGUGCGAUCAGGCGUGGGGCAGCAUGCUGGAGGUUCCUGCGGGCUCGCGCCUCAACCUCACGGGACUGGGGUACUUUAGCUGUCAGUCACACACGGUGAUGGAAAACAACUCCUACAUAUUCUUCCUCAGAAUGGAUGAAAACUACAACAUCCUCCCUCAUGGAGUCAACUUUCAGGAUGCCAUAUUCCCUGACACGCUGGAGAACAGACGACUAUUUUCCAGCCUCUUCCAGUUCUCAAACUGCUCUGGUGGACAGACCAUGCACAACUUUAAUAGUGAUUGGGAGAGCCAGGAAGACAGCAGGCUGCUGUGUUCCUCCGUGCAGAAGGUGUUGUUUGAGGAGGAGGAGCGAGUUGGACAGCUGGAGGAGCGUGUAGCCGAGCUGGAGAGGAAGAACAAACAGUUAAAAGAGCGAGUGGGGAAACUGAGGCAUUCUCUGAGGAAGGCCCGCAAAGUGUCCCGCCGUGCAGAACGGGAGCGCCUGGAGCUGCAAGAGCGCUUGAAGACGGCAGAGAGACACGUAGGACAUCACCUCAAUGCCAUUUCACCCCAACACAGCCCUUCCCGCCACAGAUACACACACGGAUUAUGAGCUCAAACACACACGCACACCUUCACAUGGACUCAUACAGACUGCAGGGCAGUCUUCAAAUCCCAUAUAUUUGCAUUUUUUGUUCUUUUCAUAGUUUUUAACAAUUAAUUAAGCUCCAAAUGCUUGAUGUAGACUUGUUUUGUACAUCAUGAUGUUGAUAAGGUAAGCUAAAAUUUAAAUAUUCUUUUUGAAGAAAUGUAAGAUUUCAGUGUAAAAAGUGAAUUCUUAUGGAGCUAUUUCUAAUCUGACCCUUAAAAAUGACUUGUUAGUGUAAGCUGAUGUCGUAUUUUAGACUUUUAGUUUGAAUUAAACUAAUUUUGGUGUUACCACAUGAAGUGCAUUUUUCAAACAUUAAAGUGUCUUCAUUUGAAUUUUUAAAGGGAUAUUCCACCUAAAAUUUUGGCGACGUUUACCCACCAUCAUCAGGUUCCGCUAAACACAAAAGAAGAUAAUUUGAAGAAUGUUGAUAGCCAAACAGUUUUUUUCCCCCAUACUAUGGAAACAGAAACCAACAUUUUUCUUUUGUGUUCCACCAAAGCAAAAAGCAAUGUAGAUUUGGAAUGAGAUGAGGGUAAAUAAAGACAGAAGACAGUUUUUGGGUGGAGUAUUGCUUUGACACACACUGAUGGAUUGUUUACGCAUUCGAAAUCGAACUGAUAGUGAUGAUGUCAUAGAAGCAUUCACCGAAUUAUGGUUCCAAAAGAUUAAGAUGAAAGUUUGAAAAGUGUUACAAUAGUCAGCAUUCAUAAAGUAACAGGAAGCAGUGAUGUCAUCAUAAUAUUUGCAUACUGAAUUGUGAUUGGGCUGUCUUACCUUAAAGUACUUUAGUUCAUUUAGUUUAGUUCGUACAUUGUAAAACUCAUACAAAAUUCUAAGUUUAAGCAGAACAAAUGCCAUUAGCUCAUACUUCUGCAAAGUUUGAGACCCAUGAUAGAUGUUUGUGCAGACGGACAGAAGAAGUGUACAUUUCACAACCCAAAAAAGUGUUAACUUUGAGCUAACUUGCAUUUUCUGAAGUACUUUCUUCACACAAACACACCGAGGAACAUCAGGAGUUUUCAUCUGUACACCCCCAGUUCUUCCGGUAAUGAAACUUUGCAGGCAUCCUGCAGCAGAAAGAAAUGUUAAAAACAUCCUGAAUAUUUCUCUUAUUCCAUAUGACAGAGACCCUGCAGAGUCAUAUCACAUGUGCAGAGUUAGAGCGUCUGCAUCCUCUCUUUUUAGGGAAACAGUAGCUUUGAUUUCACCAGUUGGCUUUCUAAAUCAGCCAAAAUGACUCACUGUGAGCUAAUAUUGAACUUUGCGGGACUGCUGCUACACAAAACAUUAUCACAUCGGCAUAUCAGCACGCUGAGAAUGCAGAGCGUAUAGAUCUAAGACGGUUCAAUCUCACUCCAACCCAAGCAAACACUAACCAGUCCUCUCAUAAACAUUAACCUCAGCUGAUCCCACUACAAAUACCAGACUGACGUUUGUCCACUUUCACCACAGUUUGAGUCUGUUAUCAAGUCUUUGAGCUGCAGAUGUGAUCAAACAGCAGGAACUAAGACGCUGGAGGCUGAUAGCAGGAGCUGAUAAUGGACACUGACUCUGAAGUUAAGAACCACAGAAACAGACUUAGUUAAGGUUUUGGUCACUUGAUAAUGGCCGGGAGUUAUGUUAGAUCACAUUCUGUUGCAAGAUGGCAACAUCAAUAAAAUUUUAAGAAAAUGUUCUUUUAACAUUUUUGCAGGGUUUCUGAUGAUCUUAAAAGUCUUAAUUCGCCCUUCUACAAAUUAAGAGCUUAAAAAGAUCUUAAAUCAGAGCAUUUGUCCUCAGUAUUUUUGUCUUGUAUGAAGAGGAUGGAAUAACCCUUUGAUUUUUUUUUUGGCAAAUAUAUAUUCUUUUUUAAUCCUGAACUCACUUCAUGAGUUUUAAUCAUUCAAAUCAUUUAACAUUUACAUAACCAAGAAUAAACAGUUUUAAAAUGUUUUUAAAAGGAUGUUUUGUACAUUAGAGAGCAUACAGAGUUUUCAUAACUUUAUAAAAUUGUUAGCAAAAAAUUUUUUUAGAGCGUAUUUAUGUUACCUGGGCGUGUUGUAUUUUCUGUUCUGUGUUUUCUGUUGUUUUUGCAAAAUUGUAUUCAACAAAAAGUAACUUUUCUCAUUUGCUCUGAAUGGGCUGUGUGUAAAUCAAAGGAGAAGAGGAGGAGGACAUCAUGCAUGUGCAUGUGUAAAUGCUAAAAAAUAAAUGUUUUACACUUUUUAUUUCUGGCUUGGAACAUGCCAGGCCAACCAUUUUGGACAUUUCAGACCGCUAGCAGGUAGCAGCUGUCCUAGAAAAUAAUGAGCAUUGGGGGUGUUGCCAAGAUGGCCGCCAAGUGAUUUCUUUUAAACACCCUUGUCAUGCUUUCAUUGAAAAUGCAUUCAUUCACAGACUGGCAGAUUUCAGAAGAAAAAUAACUGGUCUAAGUUUGCACAAAGAAAGACUGUCGAGCAUCUCUUGACUUCAAGUUAACAUCAUUGAUUGUGCCACAGGGGCCUGUUUAUGAGAGUAGGAACUUUUAAAGGGAUUUCUUGCAAAGCUGUCAACCUCUUCAGACCCGAAAUCAACAACAAACUUUUCUGAACAGACAGCGUUGAAGCUAAAGAUUACGCCCGGGCAGCUGACUCAGGAUCUCAGGCUUACCACAUCACUGAACAGCCGUUGGGAACAGUUUCACAGACAUGAAGACACACUCUCUCGUAAUAACAAAACCUUGUUCUUU